AUGCCUCCCAAAAAGCAACAGCAGGCCGAAGUACGCGUCCAAUGGGGUCGUCCCGGUAACAACUUGAAGACUGGUAUUGUUGGUAUGCCCAACGUUGGUAAGUCUACCUUCUUCCGUGCCAUCACCAAGUCUGUUUUGGGUAACCCUGCAAACUACCCCUACGCUACCAUCGAGCCCGAAGAAGCCAAGGUUGCUGUUCCCGAUGACCGUUUUCACUGGCUCUGCGAGACCUAUAAGCCCAAGAGCAAGGUCCCAGCUUUCUUGACUAUCUUUGAUAUCGCCGGUCUUACCAAGGGUGCUAGUACUGGUGCCGGUUUAGGUAACGCAUUCUUGUCCCACGUUCGUGCAGUGGACGCUAUCUAUCAGAUCGUUCGUGCUUUCGACGAUGCUGAAAUUGUUCACGUCGAAGGUGAUGUUGAUCCUAUUCGUGACUUGGCCAUUAUUCGUGAUGAAUUGUUGAUCAAGGAUGCUGAAUUCGUCGAGAAGCACCUUGAGGGUGUCCGUAAGAUCACUUCCCGUGGUGCUAACACCUUGGAAAUGAAGGCCAAGAAGGAGGAGCAAGCUAUAGUUGAACGUGUAUAUGAAUUUUUGACCGUCAACAAGCAACCCAUCCGUAAGGGACAAUGGUCUAACCGUGAGGUCGAAUUGAUCAACACCUUAUACCUUUUGACUGCCAAGCCCGUCGUCUACCUUGUUAACAUGAGUGAGCGCGACUUCGUUCGUCAAAAGAACAAGUACCUCCCCAAGAUUAAGGCUUGGGUUGAUGAAUUCAGCCCUGGUGACACCUUUAUUCCCAUGUCUGUUGCUUUCGAAGAGCGCUUGACUUCCAUGAGUGAAGAGGAAGUUGCUGAAGAAUGCAAGCGUCUUCAAACCAAGAGCAUGCUCCCCAAGAUUAUCAUCACCGGUUACACUGCUUUGAACCUCAUCAACUACUUCACAUGUGGUGAAGAUGAAGUUCGUUCCUGGACCGUCCGUAAGGGUAUUAAGGCUCCUCAAGCCGCUGGUGUCAUUCACACCGAUUUCGAAAAGGCUUUCAUUUGUGGUGAAAUCAUGCACUAUCAAGAUUUAGUCGACCACAAGACUGAAAAUGCUUGCCGUGCCGCUGGUAAGUAUAUGACCAAGGGUAAAGAAUACUUAAUGGAGAGUGGUGACAUUGCUCACUGGAAGGCCGGAAGACGCUAA